AUGGCGUGGUAUUCCAUCCUUCCGCCAGAGCUUACCCACCUAGAGAGCUGGGUAGCUCGUAUCUUCUUCUUCCUCGGUCUCAUCACCAUUGGCCCCUGGGCUUUCCUCGUACUCCUCGACGCAACGAUCUGGAUAUACCGACUGAUUCUAUGGGAGGUGCCCUAUAUCGGUGGACGGGCACGUGGUCGACAGCGCCCUCGCGCGCCGAGCUUGAAUGAACGUCCCGGUGGGCAACGGAGGGCUUUCGGCCUGCGCGGCGUGGAGACGGAUGCCGGUGAUAACGAGGGAGAUCUCAUCCCGAUGGACAAAACAUACAAGAGCCGAGUCGCUCUCCGCAAAUCCGUCCUAGACCAACACCACGACAUCGUGGUAGCGAUCAACAAUGAUGAAACCCCAGAGGAGGACUCUCGCAUUCGGCCCGCCAUUAGCGAACUAUACAACUUCAUGCUGGGAACAUACCUCCCAACCCGAUAUCCGAGUAUGUUCCGUCUAUACGCCGAAAGCUCAUUCUUCCAAAACCUAGUAACAGGCGCAACCUGGCCAACAACCCUGUCACCAACGACGCCAACAAUCCAAGCCCUGGAAAUCCUGAGCCAGACAGUAGACGAGGAUUUCCUAAUCCUACUACCUGAGAUUUCACCCGACAGUGAAGAGCAACCGAGGUAUGUACUGCAGGCAUAUGCGACCUGUUUCCCGGCUGGGUUCAACACGCGCGAGAAACUCGGGUUGCGUUUGGCAGAUAUCCAUAGCCCCGUCCCGCGCUAUCAGGAGAGGAUUGGGCGUAGCAUGGAUAAGUUCUUUGCGCGUAUUGAGGUUGGCAAGUUUGUGAAGCGUCUCAAUUGGAGUAUCACUAUUGGCACCGAUCUGUUUGCUGCUUUUGGUGGAACGCAUGCUAUGUCGGGGAAAAAGGAGGAGGCUAUUGAGCUUGGGAAAUUGAAUGUUGACCAGACUGUUCUCCGAUGUGAGCGUCAGACAUUGCAUCGACUGCCGGUGUCGAAGGCUCUUGUCUUUAUCGUCCACACUUAUGUUUAUCCGAUCAGGCAGAUUAAAGAUGAGGGUUCUGGUGAGGAUCUUGCGAAUGCGGUCGAUGGCUUGAAGAGGGGGAAUGUGCCAGAAAUCCAUACUUAUAAGAGGGGAGAUGUGUGGGGAGAAGCAUUGAAGGACUUUCUAAGGGCCUAG